UAAUAGCAGUGGAGCUGAAGUCUUUGCUGGCUGUCUUAGCGCAGCAUUUUGACACAAACACAAUUUCCUACAUUUAUUACUUCUUACUAGACUAUCAACUUGAAUGAGUCCCAUUCUCAUUUUGUGUGGGUGGACCCUCUCUUGGGGAGAUGUGCUCAUAGCUGAGCACCUAUGUUAGCUAGGCAGACUAGGCAGAGGCACUGAUUGUGUGGAUGGCUGAGUGCAGCAUCUAUGUGAUUUGUGAGGAGCUAUCCACACUGAGGGUGGAUGGAGGCAAUGGGAUUCAGUGCCCUGGGGCACAUGGCUUUCAGGCUGCUAGAAUUUUCCAGAAGUUCACUCUUGACUCUUGGGGAGGCAGCUCAUUUGAAUCAGGAAGAGGAGUUGGGAUCAGGUACUGACUUGGGGUCAGGUGAAUGCAUGCUCAUCAUUACCAGCUGAAGAUUUAGCAUCUUUGGAAGUUGUGCCUUUUCACAUCGCAGUAUAGAGCUGAGCUGUUCAGUAUCUGAAGGUCGGUCUUCCUCCAAAAUUUCAGCAUCUGUCCUCUGUUAUCUUGGCUGCUCAGUGUCACUUGAGUACCAGUCCUUGCCUUUUAUUGACACCUGGGCUCUGGGUCAGUUCUUAAUGAAAGCAAAAUAAUACUCAUCUACAACUCAGUUCUGGUUGGACUGUGAAAUGUCUGUGGGUGUCUCCACUGUUUGCUAGGAGUGAGAGCUGUCAGCAGCAGCGCUAGAUGAUUCAAGACACCUAAAAUGGGAAGAGGAUGAGGUGCUGCUGCACAUCUGUCUGUCUCUGACAGUCACUCCUGAGUGUAAUUUCCUACAACGUGCAGCAGAGCUGCAGCAGUGUGCACAGAGACUGCUUGUCCCAACAGAUUGGAAAUGAAGUGUGUGUGUUUCAGGCACAGCUGUGCCAACUUCGUGCCCCUUUGUCUCGCUAAGCCUUUGGGAUGCUGCAAUGAAUAGCUGCAGAGGUGUUUGUUAUAAUGCAGUGGUUUGGGGAGAGGUGUGAGUGUACAGAAGCCAGCAUUCCUCUUCCUCCCUGCUCAGUGAGUCAGAUGGGGCCAGAAGAAACAAUCCCUUGCUUAAAUUGCAAGCAGUGGGAUGAUUUUUUGAGUGGAAUUUAUCACAGGUGAAUUUUGUCAGCUCAGCUGAGGAUAUGCUAUAAAAAUACACAGCAUCUCUGCUGCACAGAUGUUUCCAUGUUUUGUAGGCUUUUGAAGUAGACCCUUUAAGCAGAGUCUGCUCUUUGCAACCCUGUGCUCUGCUCUGAGCAUGUGCCCACCCUUUCCUAGCUGCACCCUUCAUUGUGUGGGAAAGUUCUCCAAGUACUUUGGUUUCUUCCUUACAGGGCCUCUUUAGGGCUGACUGGGAACAAUUCUUGUUUGACAUGCUUAAAACGAAGAGAGCAGCCAAAAUACCCCCCCCGCACCCCAUCUUCCAGGACUUGGCAGGGAGCUGUGUGUUUUGAGUGCAUUUGGCAGAGUUUUGGUAUUCUGACUCAGCAGAUGGUAACAAAGGGAGGACGGCGAAGCAUUCCUUUAUUCCAUAAUCCUGUUUGCUUUUUUGGAAAUGGGCUAUAGCCUCAGAAUCACUGACUCAAUUUUUGGAUCCUAUUCUCAUGACAAAGCGGCUGUCUGGUUUCAAACAAGCCCAUUAUAAAAAGGGUGCCUCAGAUCCUGCCUGUUUUGUAACAGGUCCCAACGUGCCUCCAGCACUGGGAAGUUUGGCUGGAACAGAAAAUGUCCAGGGCUGGACCCAAGGUCACCUUCUAUGAAGACAAGAAUUUCCUGGGUCGUCGCUAUGAGUGCGACGCCGACUGCCCCGAUUUCCACACCUACCUGAACCGCUGCAACUCCAUCCGGGUGGAGGGAGGUACCUGGGUGGCCUAUGAGAGGCCUAACUAUUCGGGGAACAUGUAUGUGCUGAGGCGGGGGGAGUACCCUGACUACCACCACUGGAUGGGCCUCAACGACCGCCUUGGCUCCUGCAAAGCCAUCCAGAUACCAAGUGGAGCCCAGGGCCACAUCCAGGUGUUUGAGAAGGGGGAUUUCGGUGGGCAGAUGUUUGAAGCCACUGAAGACUGCCCUUCCAUCCUGGAGGAGUGCCACUUUCGAGAGGUCCAUGCCUGCCGGGUGCUGGAGGGCAUCUGGGUGUUUUAUGAGCACCCUAACUACCGGGGCAGGCAGUACCUGCUGCCCAAGGGCGAGUACCGGCAGCCAGUGGAGUGGGGGGCAGUGACCCCCGCUGUCCAGUCCUUCCGCAGCAUUGCUGAGUGAAUGGUGGGGAGCCGGGCCCCCAAUAAAGCACUUGAGUCACUCAGGAGCUCUGUCCCGCUUCUUCCCCAUGUGUGAACCUGUUGGCCAUGUGCAUCCUUUGGGCUGAAAGCUCCCGCUGCCUCCAGGCCUGGCAGUGGGACUGCAGUGGGCAGGGAUUCCUGAGCAGGGGUGAUGCUGUGCAUCCUGGCUGCAUCAGGAUGCCGUUGGGUGUGGGACUAGGGGGGCAGCCACCAAAAAUAGGGCAGUUGGAAGAGGAUAAAGAGUUUGGAUGUGGACAAAGAUAGUGAACACCUCUCAAAACUGCCGAGAUUGCUGCUGAAUGUUCCCAAAGAGCAGCAGAAGAUGGGAAGGGGUGGAGGCCCUGGAGGCAUACACUGAGCAGAAGGAGCCACCAGGCUCCCAGUCAUCCCAGUUUGGAGCACCUGCGUUGCCCUGUGCCACUAGAUGUCAGGCUGGUUGUGCCCAUGCAGGAAGCAGUGAUAUGAGACACUCCUCAUGGGGGCACCAGUCCGUUUGCAUGUGGAACAGAGGGACCCCGGGCUAAUGAUGGUGGUGGAAGCAGAGCCCUUGCAGCCAUGCUCCCCAGUCUCCCCGGUUGAUGUAUGAGGUUAUUACGGAGUGGGGAGGCAGGGAAAGUGGUGCUUGUCAACCAGCGGCCCCUGGGAGCACAGGCCCCUGCAAAGGGCGAUGUGUUUCCCCAUCCUCCCCAUGCCCUCCCUUUGCUCUCUGUCACUUCCCUCCUUUCCUCUGAGGUUUAAUUCUGCCUCAUUGCACACUCCAGCAGUACCCAGCUCUUAGCAAUUGGGGUCUGUGCACAAGCAGUCCCCCAGCACCGACCAGCCCCACCAGCACAUUGAUCAGCUCCCAGCAAAGCUCUCCAGGACCCUUCCAGGGCAGUCUGCUUGAGCAGCGCAUGCAUGUUGGGUUUCGUUGCCAUUCCCAUUUCUAGAUGGAAGAUUCCUGCAGGUUGGCGUAACAGUUGGUGAGUUUGGGUGCUGUGAUUCCUGCUGCAACCCCACAUCAGGGAACCAGGCUCUGCUUUGCCUCUACAGUCACAUUUCCUCCCUGCGUCCUUCCCAUGCAUUACCCAAACGCAAUUAUCUCAACUCUUCCCCUCCCCACCCUCCUGCCCUCCGGUGAAUUCCACAUUGUGCCCCGAAUGCUGGCAACCAAGGCGAACAACAGUAAAAUAUGCUAGUUGUGUGGGUUUUAUUUUAUUUUAUUAUUAUUCCUGAUUACUUUUUCCACUGGGGGCUCCCUCGUUGCGGGUGUCUCUGAGCAGCAGGAGCGCAGGCCAUCCAGCCCAGCCCGCUUGACGGCUAAUUUCCAUUUUUCAGUAUCAGGGGGUCUGCUCCGGUAAUUGGCAUGCAGAUUGAGUCUGAUGGGCCUGUUCCACACGAGAAAAGGCUCCGCUCGUUAGAAUAAGCCAACCCCAGGCUGAUGGAUGGGGCAGAAAGAGGUCAUUGCGAAAGAGAAUACAGCGAUGUGCGUGCACAAGAUGGGAAAUUUCUCCCCCCCCACUUUCUUUAUCCAGCCAACUCUAAUCUAUCAUAUUUCAUUGAGACAAAUCCUGCUCUGUUUCUUUCUCCUUUUUCCCUCGAAGGGAAAUGUGCUGGAACCUGCUCCUGGAUUUAAUAAGAAGAUGGUGCGGUGGCGCUGGAAUUGAAGCAGUGCCAUGGUUCAUUAGCAGCUGGGGAGCGUGCUGAGCUGGCCCAGAUGUUAAUUACACUUUGGGAAUUAAUUUCUGUAAGGCGCUCCUCUCCUCUAUCAUCCCUAAUCCAGCAGGCACACCAGGACUUCUCAAAGUGGAAGCUGCAGGGUGGGCAUCUGUCCCCUCCUCUGUCUGCCCGGUCUGUCUGUCCCCGCUGUCUAUCUGGCCCCCGUCUGUCUUUCCUGCUGCUGUGUUUCCCCCCAUUACUGUCCUUGGACCACAGCUGGGCAGCCCUGACAGUCCUCACGGGUAGUUCCAAGCCAUGCAAAGUAGAUUCAGAGGCUGAGCCAAGCUGCUCCAUGCCUUGUGUUAAGCACCCCAGCUUGGAGUUCCCCUAAAAUUGCAGAGGGAGAUGGAGACGGCAAGGCAGUGCCCAAGGGAUCAGCUGUCCCUUUGACAGUCCCCAGCAGAGGGCAAUAGAAGCAAAUGGAAGAGACAAGACUUUGCAAGUGAUGUGCAAGAGGAGUAGUUUGCAAGCCUGUGACAUGUAGGCAGGAUGAUGUGCGAGCAGAGCCAUGUGCAAGUAGAAUAAUGUGCAAGCAGUGUGAUGUGCAAGCCCAACCAUGUGCAAGCAAAGUAAUGUGCAAGUGGAAUGAUGUGCAGGUAGGGGUAGGUGCAAGCACAGGCAUGUACACACAGAGCCAUGUGCAAAUGGAAGCAGUGUACAAGUGGGGGGAAGGUGCAAAUGGAGCAAUGCACAGGGGGAACGAUGCAAACAGGAGAUGUGCAAGUGAAGCAAUGCCUGGAGAGGUGGGGCUUGAGAAAGCAGUCAAAGCAAAACUGAGCAAUUCAGGGAUAUCUUCGCAGAAUCAUUAAGGUUGGAAAAGACCUCUAAGAUCAUCAGGUCCAACCACCAACCUAUAUCCACCAUGCCCACUGACCAUGUUUCUUGGUCCUUCCCUGGUAGGACAUAAAGCAAAUCAAUUUCUGAGUGCAAAUGAUUGUUUUUGAUUUGGAAGGAGAAGGACAUCUUUGGGAGGAGAGGGAGAUAUGUGGGAAGAGUUCCUGCCUGGGUGCCCAGACCUGGCAUUUUUGGGAUGGGAAAUCAUCCCAUUAGAAUGACACAGAUGUCCCCAUCUCGCAUGUAUCCCCAUUCAUUCUGCAACAUGAUCCAUUGCAGUGGGAUUAUUAUUACCUGUUCCAGCCUAAGCGAGUGGCAGACAGCUGUUUCCUGAUGGGGAAGUGUUAUGGUGACUUAUUAACAAUCAUUAAGGGGGGAGAGCUUCAAAGGCUCCUAAACGUGUUUCAAAGGACACGGUGCAAGCGGAGCCCACCAUCACAUAUCUGGGGGACAUGGGCAAAAUCUGUAACAAGGAGUAUAACGGGCUCAACAUAAUUAACUAAUUCUCAGUCAAAGGGGUUUUAGAACUGAAUGGUCAGGGAAUUCAAUUUCCUAAUGAAGCACUGUGUGCCAAGGCAGGGGAUAUUUUCUCCUGGAAGAUCAGAGCUGAGACCAGGGCACUGCUCCUCCUGUGGGGCUACUGCACACAUCCCCAGGGCAACUGGAGAUGUUCCAUGUGGUGUGACCCCAUAGCUGAUAUUUCUCACCCCAUACCUGAUAUUUGCCAUACCAGUGGCUGAUGGAGAGGGCUGGGGAUUGCAGGUCCUUUCAGCCCACCCCUUGGCACCUUGCAAUCUCCUCUGGAGACCCAAGCAGGGGAGGUUUCCCCCUCCACUCCCCAAAUCCAGCCUCCAGUUAAAAGCAACAUUGUUCUCCAUCUAUGAAAGGAGCCUCCUCCAAUCCUCCAGUACUUUCUCUUAUUAUAGAAAGUUGGUUUGCUCACUUUACAAAGGGAAAUGUAUUAUGAAUCUUCCCUUCAUUCCCCUCCUUUUUUUUCUCCACGUUUAACAACCGAUUUGUGUGUUGCAUGAAAGUUACACAGUUCUUUAGAUGCAUUUGCUAUUUUAUUUUCUUUCAUUCAAAAAUAUGUCAGUAAUCUUUUUGUUAACAUGAAAGAUAAAGGAUUAGUAAUGCAAGAUGCAGUUUUCUUGUAACCUUCUUGAAAGCAGACUAUAGUUUCUUAUCUGGCUCUAACAUUCAUUUUCCUGAAAUGAAAAAAAAAAAAGGACUUUUAAAAUGAAAUAAACUAUAUUCGAUUCAGAGAAGCACUAGCGAAGAAAUUUAUUGCAGCUGACAGAAGGGAGAGCUGCACAGAAGUCCUUCUACCGCAGCAGCCAGCACCUCUCGAACAGAACCGUGCACGCGUGCACACCCACGUGCACAGAGAAUGCUGCUUCAGGGGGAAAGCAGCAUGGCCAAGCCUUGUGCUGGUCACUGAUGCAUCACCACUUGGGUCUGGCAGUUAUGGCAAGCUGCUUGUGGGGCAUUGGGCUCUAGAGCUGGAGGUGAUAAUUGCACAAAGGACAUCCCGUUGGAGCAUCCCAAAAUGGAGCUGGGCUUAGUUGGUGUUGAUGUUUGUUGGGUUACCCAUCGCAUCCAUUUUGGGUUUGGUUUUGGCUUUGAGUUUGGCUUGUGAACCUGGUGGCUUUUGGGGUAGCCAUGGUGCUGGGUGUCCGGCAUGCCCUGGAGACUGCAGGGAGCAAAAGGAGGUGGUUCUCUUAGUGCUGAUGUCUCUUGAGAAAGAUUUCUCAUGGAGCCAUAUGUUCAAGGGAAGGUCAAUGUGGUGGUCAUGAGCAUGGUCCGAACUCUCUGAUGGCUGUGGAGCAUCACAGUGCUUGCUGCGCCUGUGGCAUUGAGAUCUCAAGUGCCUGCUAGCAGAGCUCUGAUAUCAGGUAGAAUCUAAAGAGAAAUGGAUGAAAAGAAAACCUGACCAUUGGAGCAGGAGUGACAGUCUGGGACUGGAGGGGUGGAGGCAGGAGCUGUGAUGUGGUUUAGAAACCAUCACAGCCAGGCAUGCAGAGCACCCAGAGGCGGGGCUGGUGGCUGUAGCUCCUGGGCUGUCUCUGCUGUAUCUUCUGCUGAUGGCUCAUAGCACCCUGCUCUGUGCAGUCCUGGGAUGGGGACAGAUGGACCUCAUGGCAUUUCCGACUCCAACCUUUCCGGGAUUCUGGGUUAACUGUUUUGUAGACAUGGAGAAUGGAAGCAAAGGUUUGAGCUUGCACCAACUUCCUUAGGUGGAGAAACCAUGUCUGCGAUAGCAGAUGGGAUGCAGAGAGCCAGGAG